CAAAGCAUUGCCUUGCUACGGUGCCGCAGUCCCACAGCCAGCUGAUGCCAGCAUCAAUAAUGCUCUCGUCAAUGGCUUAGCUCUAUGCGUGGGCUUAAUGUGCACGAACAAACCAGAGACCAGGGGAUGGUUGAAAGAUGGAUUCACAGUGGCAACUGGCACAAACAUCAGUUGGCCUCGUACCAGGGAAACUGUCUCGGUAUCCUCAACGUUUCGGCAGUUGCACCGUAACUGAAGCUAAUAUAUUUCAGUAUUUUUUCGACAUCAUGGAGAUGGCCAUGGCACUCGUUGGAGUGAGUAGAAUGGUCCAGGUCGUCAAUGGACAGUUCCAAAGUCCUGCCAUUGAACCAAAUUGGGGCGAUACAAUCGAAGCCACCGACAAGAGCAGCCUUCUAUUGAACGAUACUGGCAUGCACUGGCAUGGGAUGCGACAAUUCCGCACGAGCCGAAUGGACGGUGCGAAUGAGCUCAUCAAAUGUCCAAUUGUGCCGGGAGAGAGCAAGACGUACACAUCGGAAGUGACGCAGUAUGGAACAUAAUGGUAUCACUCCCAUUACAGCGUACAAUACGCCGAUGGGAUUGUUGGGGCGAUUGUCAUCCACGGGCCUACCUCCGCAAACUACGCCGUCGACUUGGGGGACAUAUCUUCUUACCGACUGGUUCCAUAAACCUGUGUUUCAGGUCAACCAGCAAGCCCAUGCAUUCCGCAAGACCACCGAUUGCAGACAAUGUGUUGGUGAACGGGACUAUGCUGUCACUUGAUGGCACCGCUGGGAAAUAUGCG